AUGGCGGCGCGCCUGCCGCUCUGCGUGUUCGCAAAACCUCCACGGCCUGGAAGGGCCAAGACGCGGCUGGCUGCCAGCAUCGGCGAUGAUGCUGCUUGCAGGUUUGCUCCCUACGCUUUUAUCAACGAUUUCAUAUCCAUGGCCUCGAAUCUUAGCUGGGCCUAUCCAGUCUUGGCCACGACGGAAGACGGAAUGGAGCCAUCAAGCUUUCCGCCAACAGCAUUUCCAUCAGAUGUGCAUCCGGCGAGCGUUCCCCGCUGGCGGCAGCCUGAUGGCGAUCUCGGUGCAAAGUUGGAGGGGAUCGUCCGGCAGGGCCUCGAGCUUGCAGAGGCGACCAUCUGCCUUGGGGCCGACAGUCCUGGGCGGCCCGCUCAGCGGCUAGAGGACACGAGGCAAGCCUUAUUGAACGGCUACGAUGCAGUGCUGGGGCCUUCUGAAGACGGAGGGUACGACCUGAUGGCUUUGAAGCGCUGCCCUCCGGGACUGUUGGCUGACUUGCCGUGGAGCCAGCCGACAACCUUCGAAGCCACGAAGAAGCGCUUGGAAGAGCAAGGGCUGCGAGUGGCUGUGCUGUCGAAGUGGUGGGAUGUUGACGAGGUGGAGGACUUGAAGAGGCUCCAGGAGCUUCUUCAAGACGAGGAGGGCAAGCAGCGGGCGCCUGCGACUGCCGCUGUCAUGGCAGAGGUUGGUGGUGGACUUGAUCAGAAGGUACUUGUAAGCUCGCCACGUGUUUGCCGGCUCUUAUACCCAGCUCGGUUGGGUAGACGGGUCUGCGCCCGACUUCCUGACUGCCACUUGGAGCGGUGCCAAAGGCCCAUGGCAAUCAAUGCGAUCAGCGGCCCGUUGUCGAAUAGCCAAGAUAAAGGCAGCGCCAAGCGGAAGGAGGUCUCCGAGGUGGCGGAAGAAGCUACAGAGGAAGCUGCUGGGUACGGUGAUGGCGUAGAGUACUGGAAUAAAAGGUACCGAGGCGAUCCCAAUCCCUUCGAGUGGUUAGAGAGCUUCGCAGAGCUUGAGAGCCUUAUCAAAGAGGCCACGUCUGGCCGCACAGAUGCGUCCGUGCUGCACGUGGGCUGCGGGAAUUCCUUGCUGCCCGAAGCAAUGUACGACCAUGGCUACAAGGAUGUCACUAACAUCGAUGUCGCCGAGGUAUGCAUUCAGCAAAUGGCAGAGAGGAAUAGGACCAUGCGCCCAGAGCUGAAGUGGUUCGAGAUGGAUGCCACAGAAAUGGGCCUCAUAGAGAGCAGCUUCGACACCGUCAUCGACAAAAGCGUCCUUGAUACCUUUGCAUGUGGUGACAAUGCACCAAAUGUCAUCAACAAAUAUUUGCUGGAGGUCCAAAGAGUGCUGAGACCACGUGGCAC